CUCAAUAUUUUCCGCCCAGGCGAUGGUGGACGUCGCGGCCAAUUUUGCUGGAUGCGGUCGCGACUGCUCGGAGAGGGAGCGCGUCGACAGCAGAGUGCUGGAGGAUUGCCGGCGGACCAGGGGGGAAUGUCCGCUGGAUGUGGCGGGAUCAGUGGGAUGCUGUUUGGUUGAGGGAUCCGAGGUGUCGGAGAUGAGACUGAGGUGGCGCUGGGAUGCCAGUAAUUUCCUUGACGCCAUGGUCUUCAACGACUUCGAUGGUUUCGCGGAUGAAUUCCUGGGAAUAUUCUACACACAGGAUGGAAGCGAAUCACUUUUCACCCACGCAAUAAAUAGAGGGGAUGCAUGAAGUAUGAAUUACAGAGGGGAUGCAUGAAGAGG